AUGAUCUUUGGUGGAGCUAUGUUUGUUGCUAAAAGCUCCAAGAAAAAGAAAGGCCAAGUUAUGAUGGCCGAGCAUGAGAAGCUCCCGGAUAUACUCUUUUUAGAAAGAGAUGGAGAAAGAUUUGAGAUGCCUCACCAAGAUGCCCUGGUAAUCUCGGGAUUCAUUGAGAACUACUGGGUAAGGAGGCUAUGUAUUGAUCACGGAAGCGCAGUCAAUAUCAUGACUCUAGAGUGCUACAAGGCCAUUGGUGGCGGAGCAAUGAAUCUGAAACCUUGCAUGACACCACUUCUAGGCCUAGUCUUCGGGCGACCUAUGCUGAUGGAAACCAAAGCAGCCAUAAGCAUUCAUUAUUUAAAGUUGAAGAUACCGACUUCUAGAGGGGUAAUAACCGUGUUUGGCAAUCAGAAGACGGCAAGAGAACGCUACCUUAUCGGGUUAAAAGGAUCAUGUGAAGCACUCCUUGUAGAAGCUUCAUUACAUCCAACUGAAGAGGGUCCGACAAAGGCAGAACCAAUGGGAGAAUUAAGAAAAUUCAAUUGGGAUGGAGAACUAGAGAAGUCGGUCCAAAUUGGCACUGAACUUUUGGAGCAAAUAACUCGGGGAAUAGAGGAAGUACUUACAGAGAAAAAUCAUAUGUUCAUCAGCUUACCCUCUGAGAUAGUUAGUGUAGAUCCAAGCAUUAUCUCCCAUCAAUUAAAUGUGAGCCCAAGCUCAAAGCAUGUCAAGCAAAAGAAGAGAAGUUUUACACUUGAGAGACUGGGUAGCAAAUAUGGUAUUAGCAAAGAAGCCAAUGGAAUAUGGCAGAUGUGUGUAGACUUCACAGACCUAAACAGGGCUUGCCCAAAGGAUAGCUAUCCUCUGCCCAAUAAUGAUCAGUUGGUGGACUUCACCAGCGGUUAUGAGGUUUACAGUUUUGUUAACGCUGCUCAAGGGUAUCAUCAGAUUAAAAUGUUUAAGUCGGAUGAGGAAAAGACUUCCUUUGCAACGAAUAUUGGCACUUUUUGCUAUACAGUUAUGCCUUUCGGUCCAAAGAACGCUUGA